CCAAAUGAGAGGAUGGGGAACUCAGCUUUGUGAAGGAGCAGCUCUUCACACGGAUCUGAGGAUCGAGGCUGAGGAAAGAAUGAUGUCUGGGAGCCCGAUGGCCAGGAGUGCUGCAUCAGUGACCUUCAGGGACGUGGCCGUGGACUUCAGCCGAGAGGAGUGGAGCUGCCUGGAUGCUACCCAGAGGGCCCUGUACAGGGACGUGAUGUGGGAGACGUGCCAGAACCUGGUCUCCAUAGGGAUUCCUGUUUCCAGACUGGAUGUGAUCUCCCUGUUGGCGAAACAAGAGGCACGGUGGACAACAGAAGAUGUCCCCAGGGGAACCUCGCCAGAUUCCUUUAGUGAGGAGACCAGGUUUGAACCCAAAGUUUCAAGUCUGAUGCAGGCCAUUUGCCUGGGAGCAUCAUUCAAGAAAAGACUGACAAAGAAUUCAGUAGCCUGGCAUUCCAAGAUGAGAGAACCUGGGGCAUGUAAUGUUAAUUUAGCAAAACAGGACAACCAGGAGGGACAGUCCAGAAAAAUGACAAUCACUUCCAGAACAACUUUUAAUAAUGUGAAUGUACCUCACUAUGAUAAAUUUGAGAAAAGUUUUAGUCUAGGGUCAAAUUUUGUUCCCCCAUGGAGAACUAUGGGGAAAGGUCUCCAUAAAUACAAGACACCUAGAAGAUGCUUCAGGGGUUUUCCUUAUUUAAUUACAAGUAAUAGAUUCUUCUUCCAGAAGGACCUUUGUAAGUAUACCAAAUGCAAGAAGCCCUUCAAUUACCACUCAGACUUAAUUAAAUUUCAUAAAAUACAUGCUGGAGGAAGGCUACAUGAACCCAAUGAAUGUGAAAAAGCAUUUGGCAAAAGAUCAAAUCAUAUUGGACAUCAGAGAAUUCAUAAUGAAGAGAAACAUUACAAAUGUAAUAAAUAUGGGAAAUUCUUCAGAGACAGAAAAGGCUUGAUUAAACAUAAUAGAAUCCAUACUGGAGAAAAACCCUUUGCCUGUAAUGAAUGUGGGAAAAAGUUCAGUGAGAGGAGAAAUCUUAUUACCCAUCAGAGAAUUCAUACUGGAGAAAAGCCUUUUGUUUGUAAUGAAUGUGGAACAGGCUUCCGACAAAGAAUAAGCCUCAUUAUACAUCAGAGAACUCAUACUGGUGAGAAACCUUUUUCAUGUAAUGAAUGUGGGAAAGGCUUCAGACAGAGUGGACACCUUACUACACAUCAGAGAAUUCAUACUGGACAGAAACCCUUUAAAUGCAGUGAAUGUGAGAAAACCUUCAGUGAGAGGAGAACUCUUAUUACCCAUCAGAGAAUGCAUACUGGAGAGAAACCCUUUAUAUGUAAUGAAUGUGGGAAAACCUUUACCCAAAGGGCAAGCCUUAUUACUCAUCAGAGGACUCAUACUGGAGCCAAGCGCUUUGAAUGUAAUGAAUGUGGGAAAGCUUUCUUCAGGAGGGGACACCUUAUUACACAUCAAAGAAUUCAUACUGGAGAGAAACCCUUUGCAUGUAAUGAAUGUGGGAAAACUUUCAGUGAGAGGAGAAACCUUAUUACUCAUCAAAGAACACAUACUGGAGAGAAACCUUUUACGUGUAAUGAAUGUGAGAAAACCUUUACCCAAAGGGCAAGCCUUAUUAGCCAUCAGAGAAAUCAUACUGGAGAGAAACCCUUUGCAUGUAAUGAAUGUGGGAAGACUUUCAGUGAGAGGAGAAACCUUAUUACCCAUCAAAGAGCUCAUACUGGCGAGAAACCCUUUACAUGUAAUGAAUGUGAGAAAACCUUUACUCAAAGGGCAAGCCUUAUUACUCAUCAGAAAACUCAUACUGGAGAGAAACCCUUUGCAUGUAAUGAAUGUGGGAAAUCAUUUACUCGAAGAGCAAACCUUAUUAUCCAUCAGAGGACCCAUACCAGAGGAAAACCUUUUCAAUGUAAUGAAUGUGAAAAAAGCUUCAACCAGAGAAAACAUCUUAUUGCACAUGAGAGUAUUCAUACUGAAGAGAAACAUUUUGAAUGUAACGAAUGUGGGAAAGCCUUCAGUGGGAGGGGAUGCCUUAUUAGGCAUCAGAGAAAUCAUACUGGAGUGAAAUGUACUGAAGAUGAUAAAUACAAAGAGUAGCAUAAAAUGAUUCAAUGUCAAUAUGUCCAGUGAAUUACUCCAGAUGUUCUUUAGUUCUACACUGUUUAACAUUGUUAUCAAUCACUUAGCUGUCAUGCUUAUCAAAUUUGCAGAUGACUUGAAGCUGGAAACCAUAGUUAAACACUGUAUGACAGUCAGUGUGAAAAAAGAUCUUGAGGCUAGGAUUUGGGGCUGAAAUAUGAAAUUCAA